ACGGUCCAAGGCUGCCGUGCACGAGCCGCCACCGUAGCAGAGGCUGCGAAAGAUUCCGACCAGCGGAUCCACUCUUUCCGACUCGUCUCCCUUCCGCCCCCGCCCAGGUGCGUCCGACGGCCUGCUCCUCGACUCCGCCGUCGCCGCUGGAGAUCCGGCAACAGAGCAGGGGGGGAUCCGGGAGCGAUCGGGAGGGAUGCGGCAUCAGCAUCGGGGAGGCGGCGGCGGGGGCCGGCCGGAGCCCGGGCUGAUGACGAGGGCGGUGGACAAGGUCUUCCGCUUCUUCCGCCUCGCCGAGUUCGAGAUCCUCUUCGUCCUCUUCUUCCUCAUCGCCUUCCUCUUCUUCAAGGAUCUCAUGUCACGACCACAGUACAAUGACAUCUUUGUCAAGAAGCCUGAUCUAGAUGGCGGCUGGCCGUAGAGGGUAGGAAUCACAAAAUGUUCUUAUUGUAGUGUAAUCUUUUCUGUUACAGUGUUGCCUUGAGUACAUUCUGUAGAUUCUUCUUUGAAUUAUGUUGCCAUGGCCAGUUUUCCGAAAGAUUUUCUUGCUUAAUGUACUACUUAUGUCAUUGUUUUGGUAUGGACCUUCAUUUCUCUGUUCUCUGCAAGCAAGCUAAGGUGCUUGCUUUCUUCAUUUAUGUUGUGUGACAUCCUCAUCAGUUUCAAGUAACACUUGGUGUAUGAAUUAUGAAAUAGAAUACUCUCGGUUGGUUGGUCA